AGUCUCACGCUCUUUCAUUCGUGACUUUCACCCCAAUAUGGCACACGGAAAGUCUCAACUGACAACAUGCAGGUAUAACCUGACGCGUACUCUAAAGCCCAUCACAUCAAAAUGGAACUCAAAUCUCUAGAAAUUCCAAAUAUUCUGCGCGCUAAGGUGGCCGUCGUGGGUGAGUCCAAAGUGGGGAAGACGGCUUUAUGCCAACAAUUGGCCUCAGACGGGACAAAUUACCCGAAGAAUUAUCUCAUGACCCACGGCGCCGGAGUCCACGUCAAGGCCAUUAAUAUCCCGGAUACAAAUGAUUGCGUGGAAAUGUAUUUGCUGGAUAGCUCAGGGAAAGAAUUGUAUACUCCGAUUUUGGAGCCACUGUGGAAGGGAUCCGCCAUGUUUGUGGCUGUUUACAACGUUUGUGAUGAGGCCUCGUUUGGCUCUGUGGUCAAGUGGAUUGAACACGUGACCCGAGUCGUGAAAGAUGGUGACGAGAAGAAAACGGACCGGAAACUCAUGGGAGUGCUGAUCGCGAAUAAGAGUGAUUUGGGAGAUCGGAGGGUGGUUCCACCAAAGGCGGGAUCCGACUUGGCACAACAACUUGGGCUUUUGUACUUCGAGUGCUCAAAUAAGGACUAUUCAGGAGUAGAGGAGCCUUUCUUUUACUUGGCCAGCGAAUAUCAUAAACAAUUUGAGGAAAAAAGCGACCAAAUUGGAAAUUUUGCUUAGAAUGUGCUGCGAUGCAAAUUGAGUAAAAGUGAACAUAACUCUGGCUUUGAACCUCUGUAUUAGCCACUACUUAGGAUUUCGGUCUUAACGUAUUUCAUUUAGUCUCUUCAAAGUUACCAUGGACACUUUGAAAUCUUCUCAAUAUAGCUUCUGUGUAACAAAACUUUUUCUGUGCAGCAACGAGUAGGAAAUGAUGUCGUAAAAGAGAAAGAAUAUAUUUACGUGUAAUGCGUGCUUUUCUAGCGUGUAAAAGCUAUAAAACAACCUGUCUCAGUUGCUUGCAAAUGCAAUUAAUCACAAUGGUAAAUACAUUAGUUCACAUUGUAAUAAA